CAGUGCAACCCUCCGUGCAGGUGUAUACACCGUGCGCUACUCCCAAGUCCCACGUACAAGGCAAUCAGUUUACUUCGGUCCGCGAAAAUGUUUGGGUGGACGUACUGCAACAACAACAUUGACAAUAACAAUAACAACAUUUAUCGUGUAACGUAUAUUACUUGUAUUUUGUACGCCAAUCGAACACAUCAUACUCGCGAUGUUGUUUAAUGACGGCGGCGUGCGGCGUUUGCGGAAUGUCCGUGUUGUAGUGUAGUAGAACUGUCAUAUCAUAAUUACAUACCAUGUCCACGAAAAAGUAUCGACGAAUUUACGAGACCGCGUUCGAUUCGAAAAUCAGCAAGUCCGACGAUGACCUUCUGUCUUCAGAACAACACGACGCGGCCAUAGCGCACAAGCUCAUCGACCGUCUGCAGCUGUCGGCCAGCACGUGUUCCGUCCCGCACAAAUGUCACGCGCCGCGACCCAAAAAUCGUCUGUUCGGGUUCCUGAAGCGGCGCGUUGGCCAAAAGUACCGCAGCUCGGACAGCAUGGUGACCAGCAGCAGCCUGAGCCUCGAGUCCAUCACCAGCGACUCUCUCAGCUCGCACAGCUCAGAAUCGCCGUAUUGCAAACCGUACCCGGAACCGCACGUUUUGUCGCCUAUUUCAGAUAAGUCUUCGUUGGAUGCCGCCGAGCUUUUGGACCAGGAACGGCGGAAACCGGUUACGGUCAAGACGAAACCGCCGCAGUCGUUGGGUUUGCUCAAGCUCAACAGAGACCACCAGCACCACGGGUCCGACAGCGGCAUAUCGGUGGGUUCGAAGCCCGGCGACAACAGCUAUCAGGAACUGCUGGACUUGCCGUUCGACAUGCCCAAACUGAGACGAAAACAACGAAAUUCCGAAGUCUUCCACGAAACCGUUAAACCGGCGUUAUCCGCUGGCACCGGAGAACUCGCAGAACUUCCUUUUGACAUGCCAAAACUCAGAAGAAAACAAACAAACCUCAACUCUGACGCUAUGCCGGCAUUCGACAUGUCAAAGCUGAGGAGGAAACAAAUGGAAAGUUGCGCGCGGGUAAUAUCUUUGAAUUUUGAAAUAGGUCACGACGCAGCCACCACUUGUUUUAGUCCUGAAAAAAACAAUGUUGACAAAAAGACUGAUAGAAACGAAGACGUUGAAUUUAAUCAUCUUCCUUUCGAUAUGCCCAAACUGAAAAAAAUUAAUACCAAUAACGAACCGGGAAGAAAACCGGACAGGAAUAGCCUAUUUUUGAACGUACGACCCAGCAGUUCUAUGAUUGACGACACGAGUAAAACGCUGACCGAAAGAACUUUACAAAACAAAAAUCAGUCCAACCGUCCUGCAUUGAGUUUAUCAAAUAUUAAACCAUUGAAUUUCGUGGAAGACAUUGAUGUAACGUUGCCUUUGGACCAGCAACAUUGGUAUCAUGGACCUUUGAAAAGAAUUGAAUCUGAAAAAAUUCUUCAAAAUCAAGGAGAAGGAAGCUAUUUAAUAAGAGAAACUAAAGGAUCAUAUGCGUUAUCAAUUAAGAGUGCAAAAGGUAUCAUUCAUAUGAAGAUCACUUCUACAAAUGGCAAAAAUUAUUUAGGUCAAUCGGAUAGAUCAUUCAAUACGAUACCUGAACUUAUUCGUCAUUAUACAUUGAAUAAGCUCCCAGCCAAAGGAGCCGAGCAUGUAGGUCUUAUUAGACCGAUAACUCAACAAAUUUUAUAAUAAUUUUAAUUACCAUUAUCAUUUAAAAUAAUGUUAUUUCCUUCCAUUUUUAUAAAGUAUAAACUAUAACUGUGAUAUUAUGAAAAUAACAUCAAAGUUUAUGUUGUGAAAUAAUACCAUAUCGUAAUUAU